AUGGAUUUGACUUCUAAGCUUCACCGCCUUGACCUCCGCUCGAGCUUCCUCACUGGUUCAGCCCCUUUCGAUGCCCGAAUGACCGCUUUCCCACCUCGGCUUUGCUCAGUUUCAAUUCGAAUAGCUGCUCAAUCAACUAGAGGUAACAACACCAAUUCUAUCAAAACCACUAAUUUAUACAAACCCAGAAGGCCGAAUGCUAAAAUUCCAACCCGGAUAUCGGCUUUGGCCGUCGAAACAUCGGUAGCCGAAACUACGGCCGAAAACGAUAUUGAAUCUUUGUUUUCGGAUAAUUCUAAGAACGAAUUUGAGCAUAAACGUGGUAAAAAGAAUUCAAAUUCCGGAGCUUCAGGUAUUUCUUCUGGUGUUAAGCUUGAAAAUGUGAGGAAGAGCUAUAAGGGUGUGACUGUAUUGAAAGAUGUGAGUUGGGAAGUGAAAAAGGGGGACAAAGUUGGAUUGGUAGGUGUAAAUGGAGCAGGGAAAACAACCCAAAUGAGAAUUAUUGCUGGUUUAGAAGAACCAGAUUCUGGGAAUGUAAUAAAGGCGAAACCCAAUAUGAAAAUUGCGUUUUUGAGUCAAGAGUUCGAGGUUUCGUUGAGCAAGACAGUGAAGGAGGAGUUUAUGAGUGCGUUUAAGGAGGAGAUGGAGAUAGCAGAGAAGUUGGAGAAGGUACAAAAGGCGUUGGGGAAUUCGGAAAAAGAUUUGGUGUUGAUGGGAAGGCUUUUGGAUGAGUUUGAUAAGCUUCAGAAUCGGGCACAGGCAGUUGACUUGGAUAUGGUUGAUGCAAAGAUUAAUAAGUUGAUGCCUGAACUUGGGUUUGCUCCAGAGGAUUCGGAUAGAUUGGUGGCCUCAUUUAGCAGUGGUUGGCAGAUGAGAAUGUCACUUGGAAAGAUUUUACUUCAGGAGCCGGAUUUACUACUCUUGGAUGAGCCGACUAAUCACCUUGACCUUGACACAAUUGAGUGGCUUGAGGAUUAUCUCAAUCAGCAAGAUGUGCCAAUGGUUAUCAUAUCUCAUGAUCGAGCUUUUCUUGAUCAGUUGUGUACAAAAAUAGUGGAAACUGAUAUGGGUGUCUCCAGGACAUAUGAUGGAAAUUACUCCGAGUAUUUUAUUGCAAAGGCAGCAUGGAUUGAAACUCAAAAUGCUGCUUGGGAGAAGCAGCAGAAGGAAAUUGAGCAGACAAAAGACUUGAUACAAAGGUUGGGUGCUGGAGCAAAUUCCGGCCGUGCUUCUUCCGCUGAAAAGAAGCUGGAGAAACUUCAGGAAGAGGAUCUAAUUGAAAGGCCGUUCCAGAGGAAACAAAUGAAGAUCAGGUUUCCUGAGCGGGGACGAAGCGGAAGAUUUGUUGCAACAAUAAAGAAUCUGGAAUUCGGCUUUGAGGACAAGGUCCUAUUUAACAGGGCAAAUCUUACAAUUGAAAAGGGAGAGAAAAUUGCCAUUAUUGGCCCAAAUGGAUGUGGAAAGAGUACUUUGCUGAAACUAAUAAUGGGUUUACAAAAGCCAAUAGCAGGUGAAGUGGAGAUUGGCGAGCAUAAUGUCCUCCCAAACUAUUUUGAGCAAAAUCAGGCUGAGGCGCUUGAUUUAAAUAAAACAGUGCUUGAGACAGUAGAAGAAGCUGCAGAGGACUGGAGACUUGAUGAUAUAAAGGGUCUCCUUGGGCGUUGUAAUUUCAAAUCUGAUAUGCUUGAUAGAAAGGUUUCCCUCUUGAGUGGUGGCGAGAAGGCGCGCCUUGCCUUUUGCAAGUUCAUGGUAAAGCCAUCGACUCUGCUAGUUCUGGAUGAACCAACAAAUCACUUGGAUAUUCCUUCAAAAGAGAUGCUUGAGGAGGCAAUAACGGAGUACAAGGGCACUGUCAUCACAGUUUCUCAUGACCGAUACUUCAUAAAGCAGAUAGUUAAUAGAGUAGUGGAAGUUAAAGAUCGCAAGUUGCAAAAUUAUGCAGGCGAUUACAAUUAUUAUCUAGAGAAGAAUCUUGAUGCUAGGGAAAGAGAGCUUGAGCGCGAGGCAGAGAUUGAAGAAAAGGCUCCGAAAGUGAAAGCCAAAUCAAAGAUGUCUAAGGCUGAAAAGGAAGCUCGGAAGAAGCAAAAGAUGCAGGCAUUUCAGCAAGCAAAGGCAAAAUCAAAAGGAACAAAGAAUGCCAAGAGAUGGAAUUAA